ACUCCACAUUAUGCCCUGCAGAACGUGCGGCAAAGACUGCAAAUGUUUGCGCAUGAUGAGCAAGCGCAGCUGCGGUUGCCGGCCGUGCGAUUCUGACUGCACCUGCAGCUGUAAUACCAGCUCGAGCAGAUGUAUUGGAUCGGCGCAGGUUGAAGGUAGCGACCGGAGCAAGCAGGAAGGGACCGACCAAGACGGCGAUCAGAGUGGAUGCGGAUGUGGUGAUGGUCAAGAAAGGACGGUUGGAUGUGGUGACUCCUGCUCCUGUUAGACGCUGGCUAUGCGAGACCAUAACAUUAGAUCUGGAUGAAUAAAACCG